AAUGUUUGUCGUCUUCUGCCUUACCCUCGUGUUAAAUGCAGCUGUGGCAGAUUUGCAAGAUCAUCACAACACAACAUCAAUGGUGGAACACAGGUUGCCACAGAAUAAGACAGGAACAUUUGCUUUAUACGACCUCCUGAGGAAAUACGACAAGCGUUUCCGACCCAACUUCAGAGGCUCCAACGUAAGGGUCACAGUUCAGAUGUACGUGAAUGAUCUGAGUUCCAUAUCCGACUCGGCGAUGGAUUACAAACUCAUCUUCUUCCUACGACAAAGAUGGAACGACCCGCGCCUGCGCUAUGGGGACUACGAACCGGAAGUGACGCAACCGUUCGUCACCCUGGACGAGUCGGCCCUGGCGGAUAUCUGGGUUCCGGAUGUCUUCUUCGAGAACGGAAAGGGCGCCGCCUAUCCGGAGGGGAAGGAACACACCACGCUCAUCCGGAUUUACCCACAAGGGGAUAUCUUGUUCACACGGAAGUUGUCAUUUCUACUGUCCUGCCCGAUGAACUUCCAAACGUUUCCUUUUGACACCCAGAAUUGCGGAAUCCAGAUGGAAAGUUACGGGUACACUACAGACGAUCUCUCAUUGGAAUGGGCGGAACCGGAACCUCUGGAAAUCAACAGCAACAUCCGGUUACCAGAAUACGACCUGGGAGGUUGGAAGUCUUUUCAAUGUGACGUCAAAUACCUCACUGGCACGUUUUCUUGCAUCAAGGCCACCUUCAGCCUCACACGUCGUUAUGAACACUACAUUCUACAGGCUUUUCUACCAUGCAUAUUUCUGGUGAUCCUGUCCUGGAUGUCGUUCUGGAUCAGUCCUGACAGCGUGCCUGCCCGGGUGGCUCUCGGCAUCACCACCAUGCUGGCCUCCAUAACCCUCUCCAGCUACUCCAACGGCGCCACACCGAGACUAUCGUACACGCGAGCCAUCGACAUCUACAUGCUGACGUGCGCAGUGUUCGUGUUCCUGACCGUGGUGGAGUUUGCCGGGGUUCACUACGUCUUCAGGCGGCGAGCCAGGUUCGCAGGCCCGCUGGGCCGGCUCCUCCGCUACGAUAACAAAGCGACGCUGGCCGUGCCACAACUCGUCAAGAUAACCAUGAGAGAACCCAACCACAAUGACGUUCCGGAGUGGGGCGUGGCUAAGGACCAACAGGACAACAUGGCCGCCGAUGACGUCAUCAACAUCCACGUCAAACUGUCGUGCAAAAUGGACGUCGUGUCCAGAUUCCUGUUCCCGACUCUCUUCCUGAUCUUCAACAUCGCGUUCUGGUACAAAUACGUCGUCCAACAAUCAAGUUAAUCCGACUCUUGAGGGUCAAUACAAUUUUUAGGGCACGGAAACCCGAUUUUUCAAAGUCAAUAGUUUAGUCAUUUAUCUACAUACUGAGUUAAAACAACAC